AUGUCUUCCAUCAUUGCAGUUGCUGGCGGUUCUGGCGGUCUCGGUCGUGCACUCGUAGAGAGGCUUAAAGCAAGUGGCCAAUAUACGGUGUUGGUAUUGGCGCGUCAGAAAAAUCCUGAGCUGGAACAACACUUCGGAAUUCGGGUCGUUGCCGCUGACUAUUCCAACACCGACUCACUUGUCAGGCUUCAGCGUGGCCAACAGCUUCUUGAAGACCAACAAAUUGACACUGUGAUCUCAGCCAUAAACCCUCGCGGCCCUAGUCCUGAACUGAACCUCAUCAAAGCUGCUGAUCGUUCAAAGGUGACUCGUCGCUAUAUUCCAAGCAUAUGGAGCGGCGUUGAUUACGCGGAGGAAGAUAUCAAACGGUCUCAUUUUGCUGCGGAGAAGAUAGGUCUUACGAACGCCUUGAAAAAAACAACUCUCCAAUGGACUGCAAUUUACUUGGGAGUGUACCUCGAUUACUACGCUCCAGGGCUAGAAUCCUAUAUUCAUCCUGUGGCCAUAUGCGUCGACACAAUUAAUAAUGCGGCCGGUAUUGCAGGAACUGGAGAAUACCCCGUAACGCUGACCUGGUCGUUCGACGUCGCCAAGUAUACGGUCGCGUUACUGCACCUCAAAGGGUGGGAGAACAAAUAUUUUAUUGUGGGCAGCCAGACGACUUGGAACGAGCUUGUUUCAUUGACCGAAGACGUGAAGGGAGUGAAGUUUAGGGUUUCGUAUGAUUCUGUAGAGAAGAUGUUGAACGGAGAGGUCACAGAGUUGCCGGCGCAUGUGGGAGCUUACGUAUUUUUAGGCGGGUCACAGGAGGGCAAGGUGAGAUUGCAGGGAUUUCUAUCAGCCCUUGGGCUAUUCUUUGCGAGGGGUUCGCUGAGUUAUGAGGGUCACCAACAGUUGAAUGAGAUGUUCCCGGACAUCAGCCCAAUUGGACUAAGAGACGCGCUUCAAAAAAGCUUCACGGAGAAUAGCCGUGUUUGAGGGGCUC